AUGGUAUGCUUCUUCUUUUGGAGAGGAAUGCUUGUUGAAGCAUUUCAUCUUCUCUCUUUCCAACCAACCCAAAUUUUUGAGGAGGGCACUACGGAGGAGAAGGGUGAGAAUGCUCGUCUCUCUGCCUUUGUCGGUGCCAUCGCCGUCGGUGAUCUCGUAAAGAGCACCCUUGGCCCUAAGGGUAUGGAUAAGAUUCUCCAGUCAGCCUCCACCGCCGAAAUCAUGGUUACCAACGACGGUGCCACAAUCCUCAAGUCGAUCGCCCUCGACAACGCUGCCGCGAAGGUUCUGGUCAACAUUUCGAAGGUCCAAGAUGACGAAGUCGGUGACGGUACCACCUCCGUUGCUGUUCUCGCUGCCGAGCUAUUGAGAGAGGCGGAGAAGCUGGUCGACAAGAAGAUCCACCCCCAGACUAUCAUCGAGGGCUACCGGAUAGCCAGCCAGGCUGCGCUGAAGGCGUUGGAAGGAUCAGCCGUUGAUCACAGCAAGAACCCCGAGGCCUUCCGACAAGAUCUACUUGCCAUUGCCCGAACGACACUCAGCUCCAAGGUUCUGGCCCAGGACCGCAAACAGUUCGCCGAAUUGGCCGUUGAUGCCGUCCUCCGACUCAAGUCAUCCGACCUCAACCACAUCCAGAUCAUCAAGAAGGCCGGAGGCAAACUCAGUGACUCCUACCUCGACGAAGGUUUCAUUCUCGAUAAGAAGAUCGGUGUCAACCAGCCCAAGCGACUAGAGAAGGCCAAGAUUCUGGUGGCCAACACCUCCAUGGACACCGACAAGGUCAAGAUCUUUGGUGCUCGUGUCAAGGUUGGCUCAACAAGCAAGCUUGCUGAGCUUGAGAAGGCCGAGAAGGAGAAGAUGAAGGCCAAGGUUGAGAAGAUUAAGGCACACGGCAUCAACUGCUUCAUCAACCGACAGCUUAUUUACAACUGGCCCGAGCAGCUGUUUACUGAUGCUGGCAUUAUGUCAAUUGAGCAUGCUGACUUUGACGGUAUUGAGCGUCUUGCCCUGGUCACAGGCGGUGAGAUUGCCUCGACCUUUGACCAUCCCGAUCAAGUCAAGCUUGGUCACUGCGACGUUAUCGAGGAGGUUAUCAUUGGAGAAGAUACCCUCAUCAAGUUCUCUGGUGUGGCUGGUGGUGAAGCUUGCACAAUUGUCCUCCGAGGUGCCACAGAACAGCUCCUCGAUGAGGCCGAGCGAAGUCUGCACGAUGCCCUUGCUGUUCUGUCACAGACUGUCAAGGAACCCCGAACCACCCUUGGUGGUGGUUGUGCUGAGAUGCUUAUGGCCAAGGCAGUUGAGGGCGCUGCUACCCGAGUUGAGGGUAAGCGACAACUGGCUGUCUCUAGCUUUGCCGUCGCUCUCCGACAGCUUCCUACUAUUCUUGCCGACAACGCUGGUCUCGACUCUGGUGACCUUGUUGCCAGAUUACGCAAGGCUCUCUACGAUGGUCUUACCACUUACGGCCUGGAUCUGAUGACCCCUGGUGGUGGUAUUACUGAUAUGCGAGAUCUCGGUGUUAUCGAGAGUUACAAGUUGAAGAAGGCUGUGGUGUCUUCGGCCAGCGAAGCCGCAGAGAUUUCUAACAUUAUCAACCAGCUUCUUCUUCGAGUGGACGAUAUCAUCCGGGCAGCUCCUCGUCGACGAGAGCGUAUGUAA